GCAACUGUCAAAUCUUUUCGCUUCGCGUUUCCAUUUUGAGCAUCGUUCCGUGCGAGCAGAGUGUUCAUUUUCUCGCGUCAUCAAAUUUCAAUUUUGUGUUCCCAAAUCUUCGAUUCCAACGUUUCCCCGGUGGCCUCGGUUCCAAAAGUAGUGAAAAAUGCCUCCGGAAACAACGGCACAAAGCAUCGAACUGACCGAUCACACCUGCCGGCUAUGCCUGGCCAACGAUCAGGAAAUCAGCUCCAUCAUGGACGCCCUCAGCCAGGAUGAAAUAAAGAAUGUUAUCGAGGGGCUGCUGAAAAUACAACUGACGGAAUCCGGACCGUUCCAGAAUGCCUGCUCCAAUUGUGUCGUCAAGGUGCGCCUUAUCGAGAAUAUUCGCAACGAGUUUGACGGAAGCAACAAAAUUUUCGACGUUAUGUGGACCCAAUACAAACGCAUUCACUUUCCUGAACCAAUUCUACCGGCGAAGAAAGGUCGCCCAAGAAAGGAAAAAAAUAAACCGCAGUCCCAGAAGAUAACGGCCACUUACAUCGUUGAUGGCAUGGUUAUUGAAAACACUGAGAUCGAAUACGUUCAGGAGGAGGCGACAAAUGUCUUCAACGAGAGAGAAAUUAAUCCCGACAGUCUUAUCAAACAGGAACGGGUUGCAGAUGAUUCCAGUGAUGAGGUAGCGAUGGACGAUGGCCAUCACGGAAUGGACGAAAUCGUAGAAGAAGAAUACGUGUACGACGAUAUUACGAUUAAACAUGACGAUCGGAUGGAUGAGGAGUAUUUGGAUGAAAAAUUACCCCAACCAGAAUAUGUCGAAAAGAAGGAUUCAUCUGCUGUAGACGAAAAAGAUCAUCCGUUGAAUGACCAAACUGUUGAAGAGGAUACUGGUUAUUAUGAUAAAACUAUUCCUUUCUGUUAUGUUUGCCUCGAACGCUUUAAAACACAAAGCGAUGUUUCGGUCCAUUUAAUCGAUGCUCAUGCAGAAAUGAUUCCUUUCCAUUGUGACAAAUGUUUGGGAUAUUAUAAUACCCUAGAAGAAAUGAACAAACAUUACAUUUCCCAUGUAUAUGAGUUUGUUUGUCUGUAUUGUCCUCGGAGAUACUGCUCCGAGCAAUACUUGGCCAAUCACAAUCUAGUGUGCAAGGCUUUCAAGUGUUCUGAAUGUGAUGAAACAUUCGAGCUUGUAAGCCAAAUGAAAGCCCACAUGCGUAAAGCCCAUCCGGUUGAAACUAGGCUACAUGGUGAAAAGAAAAACGUGUGUAAUACAUGCGGUAAAGGAUUUUCUUAUGCUAGUAAUCUGGCCCGUCAUUUGAACAAUAAACGUUGUGGAAAAAUAAGCAACCAAGAAGUGUUGAUCAGAAAGCGAAAACUAAAGAAAAAUAUGAACCCAGGUGCUCCAGAGCAUGGAGAUUCAGAAGAAGACGAUGAAAAAGCGCUCAAAAGUCGACCAGUUCUUACUUGUCAAAUAUGCAGCAGGAAAACGGAGAGCAACUGCGCAUUGGCUCGGCACAUUGAGCUAGAGCAUAAAGAUUUCAAUAUUCCACUUUUCAAGUGCAACAUUUGCCCCAAAAAAUUCACUACAUUUGAAAAAUGUUCCCGCCAUCGUGCAUUCCACAAAAAGUCUCAAAAAGAACCAAUGCAACAUUCUCAAAAAGGUCCGUCUGGCAGCAUUUGCAGCAUCUGUUUAAAAGAUUUUCGUUUAGAUCAUAUUUUGCUCAAACAUAUGACUGAUUUUCAUCAAUUGGCUCUGGAACUAUUCCAGUGUGAUCAGUGUGGCAAAAAGUUUUCGACAGAAGCAAAACUUCGGAUGCAUAAUUAUAACGCUCAUCGCGCAAACAAAAAUCUUUACGUUUGCUCCCACUGUGGUCAAAACUUCAGGAAGAAACUCACAUUGAAAGAUCACGAAUCGAAACAUCUCGGCGCACCAGCUUACCAAUGCGAAAUUUGUCUUAAAACAUUCAUUCAUAAGCACAGCUUGGAUCGUCACGCUCUGGUCCAUUCAGAUGAGAAAAAAUUUGAGUGCGAAUAUUGUCAUAAAAUGUUCAAACGAAACACGUCUCUUGUUAUUCAUCGGCGCAUUCACACUGGCGAAAAACCGAACGAAUGUGGUGAGUGCGGCCAGCGAUUCAUCGAUUGCAGUACACUAAUCAAGCAUCGACAGAGGAUGCAUCGGAAGACAGACUAAUUCGGUAUAAUAGUUAAGUUAGCUCACUAAGAGAUAACGAAAUAAAAUGAUUAUUUCCAUUUUCAUUGUAAGUUAAUUCAAAAGAAAAAAGCUUGAUCUCCAAGUGAUUUAUUUUUUUUUAUUUGUUUUACCUCCAGCGAAAUCAAAAAGUUUUAAAAGUUUCUGCGGCAAAAUAUACGAAAUGUGAAGUUCUUAAGAAAAUUGAAGAUUUAAUAACUUAAAGAAAAAUAACUCAAAAGAUAAUAAUCGUUUUCCUUUUCAGUUUAUUAUCAGAAAAGGGUUAGGCUUAAAAGCGGCACGUUAUCCAAACAAACGGGAAAAUUGUGCCUAAUUUUAAUUUCAUAAGUUUAACUUACAAUAAAAAACACUUCUAAUUAUUUGUUUAUAGCUUUGUCAAGUAGAAAAAGAAUGUAUUUUCCAGCUAACUUUAUGGAGGAAAGGGUUAAAUCAUAUUAAAAUCAGAGCUAGCACGUUGGCAUACGUUUGCUGUAUCAAUCUCAGCAACUGUAGACAUUGGUGGGUGUGUUGCACUUUGAAUCGAAACUCAAAUUAUUAUCAUUUUGUUAUUAAACUUUAUUCGACAAAAUUGUACAAUUUUGUUUUAAAACACUUACCGUAACUCAAGGAAGCUAACAUUGUAGAAUUUGGUUCAAUGAUUUCUGAGAUAUAGAAUGCCGAAUUUCGGUGUUUCUUGGCUUAGACUUUUCUGCGGUCCUUAAUGUGUUAUGAUGGCAUGCUUUUGGUUCUAGAAGUGAUGAUUUCGAUCAAACGGGCAUUUUCGUUUAAUGUCAGUCGUUAAUCAUCACCAUUAACACAUCUGGUUGAAACUUUCAAGCAGAGUAUUUCGGGGUUCGGGGGAAAAAUCAAAGCGGAGAUUAUUCUGUUGAUGGUAAGAAACGUUAUCAGGUGUCCGUAUUACCCCGGAAAGAUUGUCGUGAAUGGAAUCACCGUGUGGAACCGUUCGUAAACGGUGGCACGAAUGGGUGAGCACGUUAUCGCUUACUCGUUUACCUGAGGAGUAUCAACCCAUGAUUACGGCGAUAGUAACAUCGUCUGGUGUCGGCUUAUUAAAUUGUCCAACGGCGCCACACAGUGAAGUUCAACAUCGACGGUGUCAAGGUUACGAACCAGGAUGGAACGGUGAUUGCCACAGGACAAGGGCGGUAUCCAAACCAGCAGCGAAUCAUGCAAAGCAAGGUGCCAAGCGGUGCCUAUAAGUUUACUCCAAGCUCUAGGAAAGCCCCGAGUUUCUAGGAUUCCCAAGAUAUAUAUCAUUCUAGUUCGAACCCUGUAGCGUGAGGAGGCAUCCUCGUAGUUCUGAUUAAUGUUUCUGGGACGGCCUCUUGAACAUUUGGAACAAACCGCGAAAUGACGCAGUAGCCAAUCAUCUAUAAUGCUAAAUCAACUCAUUCAAAAAUUGGGAAACCGCGCAGUGUUACAAACCACCGAAUAGCUAACCGCAAAAAGGCCUAAAUGCCUAAUGAGAAACCGCGAAAUGUCAUACCGCCAGAAUGAACCCGCGAAAUGGUUUACCGAGAGCUGUAAUACAAUCUUUAUUUUAGGUUAUCGUCAGCACUGUUUGGUGAUGUUUCUUUUGUUAAAUGGCAGAACAAUUAUGCUAACAGAGAAUGGAAGAUAUAUUUUUGGGAAAAACAUCCCAGUGUUUUUGAAGUACAGAUUAGGGGUGAUUUUGGGCAACACGUAGCAGUAAUUCAAUUAUUAAAACCAAUUCUAGACUCCAGACGAACAUUCUGUAAACGCUUGUGGAAGAAAAAGAGAAAAUAAUAUUUUCAUCAUUUUUGAAAAGCUUUGUAGCUGCUUAAAUAUAAAUUUAAGUAAUCAAAUACAUGUUAAUCAUUUCAUCCGGGUGCAGUUAUCAUACUAUUUGUUAAUACCUG